UUUGAGAGAAUACAUAUCACUGAUUCUAAUCUGGACAGAGAAUUAAGUGAUACAUCUACUGCAAAUAAAAUAACUUUGCCAAGUUUAGAAGAACCUGAUGUAUCGGGGCAUGAAUUAGAAACAGAAAUUUCAUUUUCUGAUCGUGAUGACAUAAUCAUAGCAAAUAAAGAACAUCAUGCAGCUUAUAUAAAAACAAUGUUGCCAGAAAUAACUAUGCAAGAAUUUAUACCAAGGGAGAGUACAUUUUUAACACCUCGAAAAAGACAGUCUACUGAAGAAACACAUAUAGAAACACCAAUCAAAAGAAAAUAUUUAAGAUUUGAAGAUAUAACAGUUCCAAGUAAUGCUGAAAUAGCAAUGAUACCAGAAACUGAAGAAAUUCCAGUUCCUACCGCAGACUACUCCAUCGAAUCAUCGCCAAAUUUGGAAUCAAUUAAUGUAGAUUUACAACAGGUUAAAAGAAAAUUUAAGAAAAAAAGAAUGUUCGCUGACAAAAUUACAAAACUCAGUCACAAAGUAAUACGAAAGUGUAUCAAUAAUGUCAAUGCUCAUACGGUUUCAUUGAAAGUUAUCGAUGUAAAUAUAACAACAUCAGAAAUUCUUUUCCAAGAAGCACCAGCAAGGUUUAUUUCCACUCGCAAAAACAAAUGGAACAGUCCUUUAAAUAAACUUUUUAACAUGGAUAUUAUUCUAUCGUCUACUGAAAAAGAAUUGCAUAUGGAAUCUGAACACUCUUUAGAAAAAUCUACUGAAUUUCUACGUUUAAUGGAUAAAAGUAAUAAAACCGAAGAACUUCCCUCUGAUUUGUCAUCUGCAAUUGGAAGAUCCAUUGAAAUAAGCAAAAAUAUAAGUUCAGAGAAAAGCAUUGCCAUUAGUAUAAAUGAGCUUCCAAAAGUAAUUAAAUUUCAUGAUGCAAUAGAAUUAAGUAACUCUGAACCAGAAAAAUUUCAAUCUCCAGAAAUCACAGAAAAGUUAUUUAUACCAGAUGCAAGAUUUAUCAUCAUUUCCAUCUUGUUACUUAACGAGACAAGAAUUAUUAGCAUUAUUGGAAAUAAUUUGGCAGAACAAUGAACUUGCAACAUU